GCCCUGGGAGGUGAGGCCACGGAGAUGGCGAGGCCGCCGUCGCCGUCGGGGCUGGCGCCAGAGCCGGGCCGCCAGUGGGUCCUGCAGCUUCUGUGAAAGGAGCCCUUCUGUCACUCGUCACUCGCUGGCUUGCUCGCUCGCUGGAGGUGGGAGGAGCCCGCCGGAGGAAGCCGUGUGCCUGGGAUGCCAAGAGCCGGAGAAUGGAUCUGCUCCGAGCGGGGACAUUGCUGAGGAUCCCGGCUUCCCGAGGUGGCUGAAAACCAGCAUUGGGUUUCCGCCCGCUGCAGAUACCCGGAGGCACAAGCAGCUGGGAGGAGGGACGGACAGACAGACAAACAGAUGGUCGGCGCGAACCCUGGAGGACUAGCGGUGGAGGCUGAGCACCGCGAGCAGAGCCGCGGAGCUUGAAGAGAAACUAACUGCACGCCCAAGUUGCCCCGCCGGCUCCCCGCGCGCUGAGGAAUGAGACCUUUCCAGCUCGAUUUGCUCUUCCUCUGCUUCUUCCUCUUCAGUCAAGAACUGGGCCUCCAGAAGAGAGGAUGCUGUCUGGUGCUGGGCUACAUGGCCAAGGACAAGUUUCGGAGAAUGAAUGAAGGCCAAGUCUACUCCUUCAGCCAGCAACCCCAGGACCAGGUAGUGGUGUCUGGACAGCCAGCGACGCUGCUAUGUGCCAUCCCUGAAUACGAUGGCUUCGUCCUGUGGAUCAAAGACGGCUUGGCUCUGGGUGUAGGCAGAGACCUCUCAAGUUAUCCCCAGUACCUGGUGGUGGGGAACCAUCUGUCAGGGGAGCACCACCUGAAGAUCCUGAGGGCUGAACUGCAGGACGAUGCGGUGUAUGAGUGCCAGGCCAUCCAAGCUGCCAUCCGGUCCCGCCCUGCACGCCUCACGGUCCUGGUGCCGCCGGAUGACCCAAUCAUCCUGGGAGGGCCUGUGAUCAGCCUGCGGGCAGGGGACCCCCUCAACCUCACCUGCCAUGCAGACAACGCCAAGCCUGCAGCCUCCAUCAUCUGGCUUCGAAAGGGAGAGGUCAUCAAUGGGGCCACCUACUCUAAGACCUUGCUUAGAGAUGGCAAGCGUGAGAGCAUUGUCAGCACCCUCUUUAUCUCUCCUGGUGAUGUGGAAAAUGGACAGAGCAUUGUGUGUCGCGCCACCAACAAAGCCCUCCCAGGAGGGAAGGAGACUUCGGUCACCAUUGACAUCCAACAUCCCCCGCUUGUCAACUUGUCGGUGGAACCACAGCCAGUGCUGGAGGACAAUGUGGUCACGUUCCACUGCUCUGCAAAGGCCAACCCAGCUGUCACUCAGUACAGGUGGGCCAAGCGGGGCCACAUCAUCAAGGAGGCAUCUGGGGAGCUGUACAGGACUGCCGUGGACUACACCUACUUCUCAGAGCCUGUGUCCUGUGAGGUGACCAAUGCCUUGGGCAGCACCAACCUCAGCCGCACAGUGGACGUCUACUUUGGUCCCCGCAUGACCUCAGAGCCUCAGUCCUUGCUGGUGGAUCUAGGCUCAGAUGCAGUCUUCAGCUGUGCCUGGAUUGGCAACCCAUCCCUGACCAUUGUGUGGAUGAAGCGGGGCUCUGGUGUGGUCCUGAGCAAUGAAAAGACCCUGACCCUCAAAUCUGUCCGCCAGGAGGAUGCUGGGAAGUAUGUGUGCCGGGCUGUGGUACCCAGGGUAGGAGCCGGGGAGCGAGAGGUGACCCUGACUGUCAAUGGACCCCCUAUCAUCUCCAGCACACAGACCCAGCAUGCCCUCCACGGUGAGAAGGGCCAGAUCAAAUGCUUCAUCCGGAGCACGCCACCACCUGACCGAAUCGCCUGGUCCUGGAAGGAAAAUGUGCUGGAGUCGGGGACAUCAGGACGCUACACAGUGGAGACAGUCAGCACCGAGGAGGGCGUCAUCUCCACACUUACCAUCAGCAACAUCGUACGGGCUGACUUCCAGACCAUCUACAACUGUACAGCCUGGAAUAGCUUUGGUUCUGACACAGAGAUCAUCCGGCUCAAGGAGCAAGGUUCGGAAAUGAAGUCGGGAGCCGGGCUGGAAGCAGAGUCUGUGCCAAUGGCCGUCAUCAUUGGGGUGGCCGUAGGAGCUGGUGUGGCCUUCCUCGUCCUAAUGGCAACCAUUGUGGCCUUCUGCUGUGCCCGUUCCCAGAGAAGUACGGGAGGGAGACCCGGGAUCUCAGGGAGGGGGACAGAGAAAAAAACCAGGCUUAGACUGCCCCGGAGAGCAAAUCUGAAAGGUGUUGUGUCAGCCAAGAAUGAUAUCCGAGUGGAGAUUGUGCACAAGGAGCCUGCUUCUGGCAGGGAGACUGAAGAGCACACCACCAUCAAGCAGCUGAUGAUGGACCGGGGUGAAUUCCAACAAGACUCAGUACUGAAGCAGCUGGAAGUCCUCAAAGAAGAGGAGAAGGAGUUUCAGAAUCUGAAGGACCCCACCAAUGGAUACUACAGUGUCAACACCUUCAAAGAGCACCACUCCACCCCAACCAUCUCUUUGUCUAGCUGCCAGCCAGACCUUCGUCCUACAGGCAAGCAGCGUGUGCCCACAGGCAUGUCCUUCACCAAUAUCUACAGUACCCUGAGCGGCCAGGGCCGCCUCUACGACUACGGGCAGAGGUUCGUGUUGGGCAUGGGCAGCUCAUCCAUCGAGCUUUGUGAACGAGAAUUCCAGAGGGGCUCCCUCAGCGACAGCAGUUCCUUCCUGGACACACAGUGUGACAGCAGCGUCAGCAGCAGCGGCAAGCAGGAUGGCUACGUGCAGUUUGACAAGGCCAGCAAGGCCUCUGCCUCUUCUUCCCAUCAUUCCCAGUCCUCUUCCCAGAACUCCGACCCCAGUCGACCCCUGCAGCGGAGGAUGCAGACUCAUGUCUGAGGAUCACACACUGUGGUGGGGAUGGGCCAGGGAGGAGUGCAGGGGACAUUCUCAUUCUCCAAGGACUGGGGCUACUUUGCAGAGGACCCUAGAAUUGGCCACCUACAGGACAGUCUCCGAGCAUCUCAGUUACCACCUUCCUUCGAAACUCUGAUCAAGCACAAACCUGGUCCCAAGGUGGGAAAUGGAGAGGAUGCAGCUGAGUGUACCAUGCUCGGGGAUGAACAUCCUUGUCUCCAGCCCUUUCCUAGAGGUCCCUCAACCACCUGCUCCUCCCACAGGCACCAGUGGCAGCUAUAACUUUCCUUUCAUGAAACUGCCAUUCACUCUCCCGUCUCCCCCUACUGUCCAUAAGCCAUCCCCGUGUCUGUGCUCCUUACAGCCCUGGGGAAAGGGGGAAGACUUUUUCCCAGCACUGAGCUGCUCCAGAGACCCCAGCUUCCCCACUGUGCAUAAUUCAUGCCUUGGAGGCUGAAGACCUUGAAAUGGCCCUGACCAAAGGAGCACCUGCGGGAGCCACCCCAAUUUGUUUGGUGUUUUGUGUCCAUAUUCUUGCAGUUCUGUUUUUGGAGUUGAUGCCUCUGAACUUGGAGGUGGGAACUGGCCCAUCAAAGCCUGGUGUCCUCAGGGCUGAGGAAGGGGAGAAGGGAGAGUAUGAAGGACUGGGGAUCACCUUGUCCAACACACCCUGUGCCUGGCUGUGCAAUUCAGAGCCCUUGCCCUUGUCCCCUGCUUUGUGUACUCCCUCGUCCCCACAGCACAAUCGAGCUAAUAUAAGGUGUGAGAACUUCUCUGGUCAGGGUUUGAUGAGUAGUCAUUGCAGCUUUGCUGAGGGGUAUGGAUUUGAGGGAACUGGGGGGACAGACAGGCUAGAGGAUGAGAUGGGCCUUCUCAGCUGAUGAACACAAGGAGCAAUUAUCCUUUCUCUAGUAGUAGACUGGACUCUGUGUGCAAGAGGGAAAGUUUUUCUGCACCUCCCCUGCCAUCACUCCCCACCUGAGAAUAAACGUUAGGACCAUUACCC